AAAACCCUAAAAGCUAGAUCGAAGAAGAUUUUGAACGCACCAAAAAAGAAGAAGAAGAUUUUGACGCUCUCUUUCUCUCCCAAUCUUCGUAUCGUCGUCUCUUCCUUGGCUAUCUCAUGGCGACCAUACCAGUUAACCCGAAACCAUUCUUGAACAACUUGACCGGCAAGACUGUUAUCGUCAAGCUAAAAUGGGGAAUGGAAUACAAAGGUUUCCUUGCCUCUGUUGACUCCUACAUGAACUUGCAGCUAGGAAACACCGAGGAAUACAUCGAUGGACAAUUGACAGGGAACCUUGGAGAGAUCUUGAUCAGAUGCAACAAUGUCUUGUAUGUCCGAGGUGUGCCAGAAGAUGAAGAACUUGAAGAUGCUGAUCAAGACUAGAGGACUUAGAAAUUGCCCGCCCGUUUGUAUUUUUUUAGUCUUGUAUUCUAAUGAGCAAUUCAACCCAGUUUGUGAGAUUUCAGUAUGAUGUUCUUGAAUCUUUUGACUUUGAUGAUACCUCGAAUGUAACAAGCAGUUUAGUUUUAUGAUAAAACCAACUUCCUGCCGGGUUUUUAAACUUUACUUCAUUGUCUUAUUUUUCUUCAAAUCAGUUUAUGUUUCCAACAAAAUGAUUCACAGUGAAGUUUCUUUAGUUGAUAAUAAAAACUUUAGUUAGAC